AUGCUGCAUCGAUUGUGGAUCUAUCCUCUCUCCUUCCUCUUUCUCCCCCUCCUCCACCUCCUACUCACCGUUACCAUCCACUGCCAUGAAAUCUCCUUGGAUCGUCGGAAACGAACUCUCUCCGCUCCCGUUGAUUUUUCCCAUCUCUCUCCACCCCGAAUAACGCCAGAUCUGCCUCCAUUACUGCGUUUCUUUGAUCACACCGGUGCACAGGUUCGCUGUCAGGCGACAGGUAACCCACGACCUUCCGUCAAAUGGCUGGUGGCCACCAACUUCAACGGGAAUGUCAACAAUGACUCGGAACUACUGGAACUGGGGUUCUCUGCGUAUGCUCGCGACGCCCAGUCGAUGGACAGCCAAUUAAGAGGUGCUGCUGCGGAUGACUAUCAUCUCUACGAUCCAAAGUCGCGGGAUCUGGUGCCGAUUGGUGCUAUGGCACCACCGGUGAUGUAUCCCAACCAAUACGUGAUCGAUGAUGGUUGGUUGAAUUUCACUGCAACCCCACGCUCAUCGACCCUUAGGAUGGUGUUCUUUUGCGAGGCUGAAAAUAGCUUAGGACGGACACGGUCCCGAAAAAUGGUUAUUCAUCAGGUUCCCGUGCCAGACGAAAAUUUGCGGAUAAAGUAUCACACAUUUCCUGUGAAACCGGGCCAAAAGGCGGUGAUUCGAUGCCAGCCAGAGCAGGAGAUAUUCAACCGAUUUCUCAAAGUCAAGUAUUGGGAGGUCUUUCGCAAUGAUUCUCUAAUUGCCACUGUUACUCACUCAAGUAGGUCAUUUGUCUUUCAGGCAGCGUUAAAACUAAAAUUUACUAACACUCUAGAGGGGGCAAUGGCAGAUUUUUGCGACCUCAAUUUUGAAAAGGGCACUCGUAAACAGAAAGAAUAA